AUGUCAGACAUCUAUCUCAAUUCUGAAAUGGUAAAGCAGUUCAAUAUGACAGUACAGAAUUGUCUGACUCAAUGGUUAAAAAGGGAACAGAAGUUCCUUAACUAUCAAUUGCAAAACGUCGUUGAUCACACUCAGAGAAAUCCGAGAGUAGCAAUUUUGACAACAAUUUUGGCUGGAAUUUUCACACUAUAUGUUUUCUAUAAAUUAGUUUGGAGCUCUUCUGGUAGAUCGGUUGUGAAACCAGUUAAAUUCUCAUUGCAGAUUCCAGAAGCUGCCCAAGUUCAUUGGAAGGGUAAGCGACUAUUUCCAACCACGGUAUUUGAUAGCGAGAAACCUGGUCUAAUUCAAUCUUACUGCCCUGCAACAAGUCAAUACUUGGGAUCCUUUCAAUCCAAAAAUAUCCAAGAUGUUGAUAAUAUGAUCCAGCGCGCUAAAAAGGCACAAGAAGAAUGGAGAAAUGCUUCAAUUGAACGCAGAUUGCGUGUUCUGAUUUCCCUACAAUCAUAUAUUCUUGAUAAUCAAGAUUUAAUUGCUAGGGUUGCUUGCAGAGACUCUGGUAAGACGAUGUUGGAUGCAUCAAUGGGGGAGAUCCUAGUCACUUUGGAAAAAUUACAAUGGACUAUACAGUACGGACCAAGAGUCUUACAACCUUCAAGACGCCCUGGCCCAACCAAUUUUUUCAUGAAAUUGUAUAAAGGUGCCGAAAUCAGAUAUGAACCAUUGGGGGUAAUAAGUUCCAUUGUCUCGUGGAACUACCCAUUCCAUAAUUUGAUGGGCCCAAUAAUUGCUGGCUUAUUUACAGGUAAUGCAAUUGUCGUGAAGUGUUCAGAGCAGGUUGUUUGGUCAUCUGAGUUUUUCAUUGAGAUGAUGCGGAAAUGCCUAACUGCUUGUGGCGAAGAUCCAGAUCUGGUUCAAUUAUUCUACAGUUUACCACCAUCUAAAAACGAUGAUACCGCUAAUUAUUUUACCUCGCAUCCUGAAUUCAAACAUAUUACCUUUAUUGGAAGUCAACCAGUUGCGCACCAUAUUUUGCAAUGCGCUGCAAAAUCAUUGACUCCAGUUGUUGUUGAAUUAGGUGGUAAAGACGCUUUUAUUGUUUUGGAUUCUGUCAAAGAUCUGAUGGCUUUGUCAUCAAUUAUUAUGCGUGGUACCUUUCAAUCGUCUGGUCAAAACUGUAUUGGUAUUGAAAGAGUGAUUGUGAGUGACAAAAAUUACGAUAAACUGGUCGAAAUAUUAAAUGAUCGUAUGUCGAAGAAUCCACUGAGAUUAGGCUCAGAUAUUGAUCAUUUAGAAGAUGUUGAUAUGGGUGCUAUGAUCUCAGAUAACAGGUUCAGCGAAUUAGAAAAUCUUGUUAAUGAUGCGGUCUCCAAAGGUGCCCGUCUCUUACAAGGCGGAACACCUUAUAGUCAUCCAAACUACCCACAGGGCCAUUAUUUCAAACCGACUUUACUGAUUGAUGUUACGCCUCAGAUGGAGAUCGCACAAAAUGAAGUAUUUGGCCCUAUUCUAGUUGUCAUGAGAGCAAAAGAUACCCAAGACUGUAUUGAAAUAGCAAAUUCCGCACCAUUUGGUUUGGGAGGCUCUGUUUUUGGCGCUAGCAUUAAAGAAUGUAACUACGUUGCCAAUAAUCUAAAGACAGGUAACGUAGCAAUCAAUGAUUUCGCAACAUUUUAUGUUUGUCAAUUACCAUUUGGUGGAAUCAAUGGCUCUGGUUAUGGAAAGUUUGGUGGUGAAGAAGGUUUACUUGGCCUUUGUAACGCCAAGAGUAUCUGUUUUGAUACCUUACCAUUCAUUUCAACUCAGAUUCCAAAACCUUUAGACUAUCCAAUUCGAAGCAACAGAAAGGCUUGGUCCUUCACGAAAAGUUUUAUUACAGCGUCAUACGCAAUUUCCUUGUGGCAACGUAUAAAAUCAAUCAUAUCAUUGGCAAAGAGUUCAACGUGA